UAAUCACAUGUGUCAGGGACUCUGUGGGCUAUGGGUUCUAGUACGGCUGCCUCGCUGAGAGAAUGGCCAUCAUUUCAAUCCGCAUCUUUGUGCUGACGCCGUGAUGCAGUUUCUGGUCCUAUGAGCUCUCGAAACGCUAUAUGACAACCGAAAAUGAGAGCGCGUCUCAGACCGCAAUGAAAGUCCUACUCUGCGGCGGUAUAGCCGGUAUCAUAACAUGGGCCUCUGUGUUCCCACUCGAUGUUGUCAAGACAAAGCUACAAGCUCAGACAGGUGGUCACUUUCACGCGGCGGUACCUUCGGACACCCGACCGCUUCUGGAGUCUACCGCAAGGGACAGGCGGAUAUUGACAUCUUUCGAGAUUGCGAAACGAGCAUAUCAGACAGAAGGGCUCAAGACCUUUUAUCGUGGUCUCGGAGUAUGCAGUCUGCGAGCGUUCAUAGUAAACGCAGUACAGGUAUGUAGACAUCCAAUCGAGGAGAGUGCAAUUUGCUUACAUCAUUGUACAGUGGGCAACGUACGAGUGGCUUAUGAAAGCCUUCAAUAAGGAGCCGCUAGGAGAGGCGCAUGACCCUGUAUCAAUAAUAUAGGAAUAAAAAACAAUAGUGGAGUCCAAGAGGGUAAAAAAAGUCUUUGUGAAAUUAUUAUUAUGGGUAUCGACUAUCAGGCACUAGGAUGCAAAGCCUUUCUCCGAAAGCGGCACUUUGGCCGUUUAUCCGUGGACCGGAACCCAUUCAUCCGCUUCGGAUCGGCCCUGCGGAACUCGAUUAUGGCGAUUCUCGGAAGAUACACAGGAGAAUGCACCUUUCUUC